AUGCUCAAUCGAUCACAAGCAUCACUUGCCAAUUUCCCCCUUCGCAAGCAACUCGAGUCGACUUCGAAGCACAAUGCCCAGUACCUUCGUCGACCAAUUGAAGGCCCAACGAAAGGGUGCAUUAAAAUUUUCUUUCGUCCAAGGAGAGCAAGACGUCGAUCCAUCCUGAGAUGGAGACGCACUGAGCGAGAUCUACUCCCAAAGUUGCCGCAAUGGAGCCGUCACAGUCUACUGAUCGAGUCUCGUCGCUGCCGCUCCGUCGCCGAGAUACGACCUCCACCUCAGUUGUCAACGUCGAAGUCGAACGAUGAUGCGCUGCAUUUCUCCUUCUCCGGCGGUGGCUGGCUCAUGGUUUACAUGUACGGCGUGUGCAAGGCUUUGCGAGAGCAGAAGGUGGACGACAACGCCAAGUUCAUCGGGACGUCUGCCGGCUGUCUGUCUAUUGUAUCGCUAGUGUUGAACUCGGACUUCGACAAGAUCUGCGACUUUGUGGUCAACGACUAUGUGCCUUCCGCACAUGCGAGCUGGAAAGGUCCGUUUAAGAUGCGCGACUACCUCAUCGACGCCAUCACACGUCACGGGAACGUCAGCGACAUGGACAAACUUCAAGGCAAAGUUACAGUGGUGUACACGUCGUUGUCUGCAUGGGUUACACGUCGUGUGUCACACUUUAAGAACCCGUUGCACUUGUUGCAGACGAUGGUGGCGUCGUGUUGUGCCACUCCUUUAGUUGGGUUUCCCUUUAUGCAUGAAGGAGAAUACGUAAUCGACGGAGGCCUAUUGGACAAUCAACCUCUGUUUGCCGACGAUAUUUGCACGAUUACCGUAACUCCAAACAUCUUCGCGAACGCAGACAUCCGUCCGUCACGGUAUGUGCCUCCGUGGUGGUCCAUGUACCCUCCGUCGCCUCGCGAUAUGCAGUGGCUGUUUGACCUUGGCUAUGAGGACGGAUUGUCUUGGUGCAAGCGUGAAGGUUUACCAGGAUCGGAGAGCAUUACAGUCCCGACUAAAGCUGCAGAGUACGACGGGGAGUGGAAGACGGUCAUUGGACAAAUGGUGGGUUACAAGUUGAUUGAAGACGUUGUUCUGGCUGCUGCCGAGUUGCUUCUGUUGUCUGAGGACUCGAUCACGUGCAACUUUGUUCGCCUCGAGAUACUGUUAUGGAAGCUUGUAGCUAUACUUGCAGCUGUGUUGGACCGUAUGACGGUCCUCUGGGCUGUGUUGGCUGUCAACGGGCUGUUGGUGUUGGUGCUGCUAGAUCAACACUACACGAUCGAGUUCAUUCUCGUGCUUGGAGGCCACUUGACGUUGGCACUGGUGAAGGUCAAGAACGUUUGUAUGCAUGUCCACUCAUGGGAGAAAUGGCGUGUGUUGCAGGGAGCAGUCCUCGCGACGGAGAAGCAAGGUCGUUUCAUCAAACACGGACUUACUCCAAUGCAACACGAGUUGCUGACGGAGUCUAUCGACUGGGAAGCUUGUUGGUGUAGGUGGAUUAAUGGACGUAAGGCGAUUUGA